AGUCUUGUACAACUGCACUUACGCAUUACUGUGUGAAAGCCUACAACGCAUAAAACAUCGCGGAAACAGCGUUCCUCGCUGAAACAGAGUCUGGAAACAAGAUGCUGCGGGCUAAGGAGCACGUCGCCAUGUGCACAUUGGCAGCGUCUGUGAAAAAUAUUCUAGUGCGGCCAGACCCCGUGGACGACGGCGAAACCCAAGUGCUGGCGACAUGCGACCAAGGACUGUGCCCGCUACGCGGCGUUUCGGGCACUGCUCGCUCUGGGUUUUUCCUUGGCGAGCCCCUGCGCCUGUACCGAGCGCCAGUCGGCGCCGAGGAAGGGUCGCAGCUGUUCAGGGGGGACAUCGCCGUGCCCAUCUGGGACUCAUGGAGCGCCUCGGUCUACUUCAAGUCGGGCUGUGCCGUGUUCCGCCUUGUGGGUGACCAGGUGACCCUGGUCGCCGGAAACCCGACGACCGCCGGGGAGGAGGACGGGCCGGGGCCUGAGGCCAGAUUUGAGGCGGGCCACCUGCCGGGGCAGCCUGGGCAGCUGGCGUCAGACGGCGCGGGCAGCAUCAUCUACGCGGGCGGGGAGACCCUCCGCCGCAUCCGCCUCCCCGGGGCUUGGCGUGCCGUGGCGCCUGUGGUAGCGGCUGGCGGUGCGGCAGCAGGCGGCGCCGACGGGGCCGCUGCGGCUGCGGAUGGCGCACCCGACGACGUGGCCUUGGUCGCCACGCUGGGCGACCUCGCCUUGUACCAUGUGGACACACAGAGCGUGGCGUAUGUGCCGGCUCCGCAACCCCCGCAGCCGCCGCCGCAGCAGCAGCAGGCGGGUGGAGGUGGGGUGGCAGCAGGAGGCGGUGCUGCUGGCAGGCUGGUGUACGGCAGCACGUACAACCUAGACACCGUGCCGCUGCCCCUGCCCCUGCCGGCGGAAGUACUGCCGCAGCCGGAGCUGAGACCGCGCCACCUCGCAGGCCAAGAUAUGAUGGUGGGUCGUGAGGACGGGCGCGGCGAUCGGGCGGCGUUCACGGGGUUUGUCGGCAUCACGGCUGACGCCUCCGGCUUCGUCUACCUGCUGGACAAGCAGCCGACUGAGGGCCGGCUGCGGCGCGUGUCGCCGGACGGCACCGUCACCACGCUGGUCCAGGGGCUGCCAGCCUGCUUGUGCACGCCAACCAUCCUGCCAAACGGGUACCUCGCGCUGGGCACUGGCACAGAGCUCGUCCUCCUGGACCUGGGGCUGAAGCCGCUGCUGCCACAGCUGCAGCCGCCGCCGGCAGCAGGAGCAGCGGCAUUGGUGGCGGCGGCCCCGCCGCCGCGCAGCCUGCCUUCCGACUUGGGUGCGCUGCUGGAGGCCGCGUCCGACGGCGCAGACACGGCGGUUGUGGUGGGCGGCCGCCGCUUCCACUGCCACCGCCUGAUCCUGUCCGCGCGCUGCGACUACUUCAGGCAGCGGCUGGCCGGCGACGGCUUUGCGGAUGCGCGCGCGGCGGAGCUGGAGCUGCCGGACGCGGACGCUGACGCCUUCGCGCUGCUGCUGCGCUGGCUGUACACGGGCGGCGCAGACAUCCCGGCGGAGCAGGCGCGCGGCGUGGCUGAGCUGGCGGACCGGCUGCUGCUGCCGGAGCUUUGUGAUGCGGCGCUGGAGGUGGUGGCUUCGGCGGCAGCUGCCGACAAUGUGGUGGACCGCCUGCUGUGGGCGGCGGCCUGCUGCGACGCGCGCGGCAGCGGCGGAGGCGGAGGCGGCGGAGCCAGCAGCUUUGCGCGGCUGCUGGCGCGGCUGAAGGGCUGGUACGUGGAGCACCACGGGCAGGUGGCGGCGGAGGCCGGUGCCAGCCGCAAGCGCCUGGCGGAGGCGGCGCCGGGCCUGAGCGUUGAGCUGACGGACGCGCUGAUUGCGUGGGAGCGGGAGGGUGCCAGGGAGCGCGCCAAGCGGCCGCGGUGCUAGGAGGCCCAUGUGCGGCCUUGUGGUAGCCCACCGCAGGCUUUCAUGCGCCGCCGGAUGCCAGGUGGCUGGGCCGUGUGGCCAGUGUGGCUGGGUGAGAGGCGCGCUGGCAGCAGGCGUACGUGUAAACCGCACAUGCACUGGCAUGCAUGCACUGCACACGGUACGGCACCAGUGUAUUAGCACACAUGCAUCAUGGUGGGUUGUGACGCAGUCGUCCAAAUGGAUGCGUGUGCUGACAAGGAAAACAACGCGCAAAGACAGUUUAUUAUGCGAUGCAGCAAAGCGACGGUUUACGGAUGUUGCCUGAAGUUACCUCGCAGACCUGCUGCUAAGCCGACGACACCACUCUAAACACCUGGAAGUCGCGCAACCCGCGCAAUCUACUCUAACCUCGAUGGCGGGGCAAUUAGUGUCCAGACGCUCUCGAGGGGGCAAACCCAUGCAUGUGCUCACGGUACCGUGAGGCCAAGGCACGCACUCCUAGCUUCGCGUCGCUACUGCUGGCCGCUCAGUCCAAGCUUCCGCAAUUGACCGCGCGCGCGUGUGUGUGUAUGUGCGUGUGUGUGCGUGUGUGUGCGUGUGUGUGUGUGUGUGUGUGUGUGUGUGUGUGUGUGUGUGUGUGUGUGUGUGUGUGUGUGUGUGUGUGUGUGUGUGUGUGUGUGUGUGUGUGUGUGUGUGUGCCUGUGUGUGUGCAUGAUGCGCCGCUAGUGGCGCGUACAGUUGAGGAUGAGGCAAAAUAUCAAUAUCAAUCUCAGUGACGCCCGGCCCAGCAGUGGCAGGCAGGCAGCCAGGCAACGAGCGCAGCAAGCACAGGCCGCUGAGGGCCGUCGGGGACCGAGCACGUGGCAGCGACCCACCAGGGGGUGCCGGUCAACUUGUCAAGCUUGGCUAGGCUUGGAUUCCAGGAUGUUGGCGUGUGUAAGCGGCAGGCAGA